CCGGGGGCUCUGCGUUAAGAUCUAGGGGAGGUAAUGUGAGCCAGAGGGCCCAUUCCAGAAAGCCAGCUGCAGAGAAGAUCGAAGGAGCACUAUGUCUUCCCCCAACCCUGAGGAUACCCGCCAAGAGCCUGAGCCCUCAAGCUCCAAGAAGAAAAAGAAGAAAAGAAAGUGGCCACAGCAAGAGGCCAGCAUCGAAACCCUCACUAAGGCUGGCCACAGGGCCCUACUGGAUGGCAGGAACCAUGAGGCCUUGAUCAGCUUCCAAAGGGCCUUCCUCCUGGCCUUGAAGGCCCCACGAAAAAGGGAUACUCCUGUUCUCCGGGCCUGUGCCUUCAACCUGGGGGCUGCCUAUGUGGAGACUGGGGACCCAGCCAGAGGCCUUGAGCUGCUCCUGCGAGCCCAACCUGAAGAGAAGGCACAGGGCAGGUGUCAUGGCGACCAGUGUUUCAAUGUGGCCUUGGCCUACCAUGCCCUGGGUGACCUGCCUCAAGCUUUGGCCUGGUACCAUAAGGCCCUGGGCCACUACCAGCCACUCGGUGACCAGGGGCAAGCCCAGGCAAAAAUGGGAGCCUGCUACCAGGCUCUGGGACAGCCUGAGCUAGCAGCCCACUGCCUGCAGGAAGCAAGCCGGGCCUAUGCACAAGCAGGGCAGCCCCGGGCUGCAGCCCUCGCACUGGGGGCUGCGGCGGGGUGUAUGCUGAAGAGCGGGCAGCAUGGGGUGGGUGAAGUGGUGCAGGUGCUGGAGGAGAGCUGGAGGCUUGCCGAGAGGAGCACCGAGCGGGGGCUGCUGGGGCAACUCUAUAAUGACCUAGGCCUGGGCUACUCCCAGCUCCAGCUGUUCCCGCUAGCAACAGAGGCCUUCGUGCAGGCCCUGCCCCUGUGCCAGGGGCCAGGAGAGGAGGCCACCGUGCUAAGAAACCUUGGGAUGGCCCACAACGCCCUUGGCAACUAUCAGGAAGCGCGGGAGCUUCACCAGAAGGCUGCCGACCUUCACGGCUCCAUGGGGCAGCGGUGGGAGCAGGGCCGGAGCUUUGGCAGCCUGGCAUUUGCACUGAGCCAGCUGGGGGACCACAAAGCCGCCAGAGACAACUACCUGCAUGCUCUGCAGGCUGCCCGGGACACUGGGGACGUGAAAGGGCAGUGGCAGGCCUGUGAGGGUCUGGGGGCUGCUGCAGCCAGACUGGGGCAGCAUGAUCAGGCCUUGAAGUACUAUCAGGAAGCACUGGCCCGGUGUCAGAAGGAGCCAGAUUCUGUGCGAGAGCGGCUGGUGGCCAAGCUGACAGACACCAUGAGGAUCUACUUGGCCCGGGGUGGGCUUGUCCCAACUCACACCCUGACCUCGGCUCCACGGAGGCCUCAGGCUCCAGGUGGGGUCUGCCCGGCGGUCGGCACCCCCGCCAGGGUGGGAUGGAGCACAGCAGAAGCGCAGCACAGAUCUUCGGGUGGGUGGGAAGAUGAAGAGUUAGAGGAGGGCCAUGAGGAGAAAGAGGAAGAGGGGUCGGUGAAUAUUUCCAUGCAGUCAUCUUGGGCGCAGGGACUGGAGUUGUGUUUUCUUCCAGGCACUGUGAUUCAUUCCCACAGUCUAGCCUCUAGUUGGCCCAGGUUUGCCAAGCAUUGCCCCAUACAUGGCACAGUCCUUGGGGCCCCCUCUGUGUACAGUCCAGGACCCAGGGCCCAUGUCCCAUUUGGAGGCCAAGGCCCCCUCAAAAUGAAGUAUCCUGGCAUUCUGGCACCUAAUGGUCCCCAAGCCAAUAGGUCACUCAAAGGGCCCAAGGAAACCCCCAGCAGGAACCCUCAGAGGAGAUCCACCAAGUCUGGCUUCUGCACGAUCAUGUGACCCCAUCCUCCUAGCUGUGGCCCUGGCCCCUGCGGUGUCUCCCCAACAUACACAUGGCAGGGAUUCCUGGGAUUGAGCCUCUUUCCCAGUUGUUCAGCGCUGUAUGGACGUGGAACCCAACAUGGUCAGCAAGUGAGCUCUACGGGCUCAGCACGGAGGUGUUCAGUUUGCUCCUCACUGGGAGUUUUGGACUCAAUAGGAAAAAGUUAAAAGGAAGAUGGAUAGUGAAUUUUCCCCUUUUCUUUCUGGAUCCAAACCUCAUGACUGCUAAGGCCCUUGCCAGUUCUUAAAACAGGCUUCUGGUCAAGAGGCUUUGGAGUCACUGACUCCCUCUGGACCUCAUUUUCUCAUAUGAGAAAUGGGGCCAUGAUACUACAGAAGAUGCAUCUUAACCAACUGAUGCACCCAGCUUCCUCCGUGAGAUGCAGGGAUGCUGCUGCGGGACCCCAAGCCUGUAGCCUGGAGGACAACUGCUGCCAGCAGCCACAACAAAGAGAGUCUGUAACAUUUACUGAUCACUUAGUCCCUGCCACACACUGUUCCAAGUGUUUCACAAGGGUUUUCUCCUUUAACCCUCACCACUAGCCUAUGAGGUGCUAUUAUUAUCCCCUUUCACAGAUGAGGAGAAGGCACAAAGGUUAUGUAGUCUGUCCUCCCAGGUCACACACUAGUAAGUGGAGAAGCCAGGAUUCAAACUGAGACAGUGAGCACCUUCCAGAAUGCUGUGCAGUUCCACUCCCCCAGUUAAGCCAUUGCUUACCAAGAGCCGG